AUGGGUAACAGUCAGGGCAAGCCUGUCGAGUUGGACGGCGAAGUGAAUCUGAAUCACUUUCGACUUCUCAGGGUCGUCGGGCGAGGCGCUUUCGGCAAAGUACGCAUCGUCGAGAGGAAAGACACGAACCUAUCAUUCGCUCUGAAAUAUAUCCGUAAAGAUGAAGUCGUGCGCUCGGAAAGCGUUCGCAACAUAAUACGCGAAAGGCGGAUGCUCGAGCACGUAAACCACCCCUUCAUCUGCAACUUGCGCUACAGUUUCCAAGACAUCGAGUACAUGUACUUGGUCGUCGACCUCAUGAGCGGCGGAGAUCUGCGGUUCCACAUUUCGAGGAAAACCUUCACCGAGGAGGCGGUCAGGUUCUGGAUAGCCGAGCUAGGGUGUGCGUUGCGGUACAUCCAUGGCCAGGGCAUCAUCCACCGCGACGUGAAGCCCGACAAUGUGCUCCUUGACGCGGACGGGCAUGUGCAUUUGACGGAUUUCAACGUGGCUUCAGAUAUCGUACAGGGCAAAGUCCUGACAAGCAAGUCCGGCACGCUGGCGUACCUCGCGCCAGAAGUCUACGCAGGAAACGGUUACGAUGUCCGUGCGGAUUGGUGGUCCCUGGGGGUGCUAUUCUACGAGUGCAUAUACAACAAGAGGCCGUUUGAGGGUAACUCCGAAGCAUCCCUGAGCGCCGUAAUCCAAGCCGCAAAGCCCAGAUUCCCCGUCACGAACCCCCCGGUGUCAUUACCAUGCAUGUACGCCAUCAAGAGCGCCCUGGAAGCUGAUCCCAACAAGCGGCUUGGGUCGACCUGGGAGAGUUUUACUCAGCAUGAGUUCUUCUCAUGUAUCGACUUUGAGGCCCUUGAAAGGAAGGAGAUCGAGCCCGUGUUUGUGCCGUCCUCGGAAAAGACCAACUUUGACGCCACGUACGACCUGGAGGAAUUGUUGCUAGAAGAAGCGCCCUUAGAGGCGCGCGCACGGAGACAGAAGCCUCGCGAGAAGCUAAAAGAAGACGCCACGGACAAGGAGAUCCGCGAGGAUGAGCUCUACCGCAUGAUUGAGACCGACUUCCGGCCCUUCGAUUACACAGUCGCAGCGUACAAGAAGUAUGCACUCGCAGGCGGGCAAAAUUCCGCAGCGCAUGGAGCCAACCUCCAACCGCAAGCCCUGACGACUGACGAAGCAACCCCUUCCCCGGCCACCAACGGCGCGACACCAAAUCAAUCUCUCAACAAACAGCAACAGCAGCGCCAAUCAAGCGGAAACUACCAGCAGCAGCAGCAACAGCAGCAACAACAGCAACAACAACAACAACAACAACAACGGCGCGCAGGCGCGCCAAGUCGUCCGCCCCCGCUGGCUCCCUACCCGCAGUCGUACUCGCCCAACGCGGGCAGCAGCAACCGCGGGAACCGCGGGGGCAUGAUCGUCGGCAGCCCGACGGGCGGCGUGCAGGUGACGCUGGACGGCGGCAGCAGCUGGAGCGACCUGGCGCGCCAGGACGCGACGCUGCCGGCCGACGCCAGCGGCGCCAACAACGCGCUCGGCGGCAAGCCCGAGAGCUCCGGCGGCGGCGUCUUCGGCUUCCUGCGGGGCAAGAAGGGCAGGGGGAACAGCCCCAAGCCCAAGGAGCGCGGCGUGCUGGGCAAGGAGGGCGCCAGGGUUAUUCUUGGAUAG